AUGGCUACUACCAGCGUUGCAAUCAUCAUCGGAAUCGAAAUCAUUCCUUCGGCAGGCGCAGUCUGUUGCAAACUUAAUUCGGAGAAUAUCAGAGGACGAGACGAGAAAAGGCCUGUUCUUGCUUAUCCCUUCGCCAGGUACAUCAUCCAAUGCGUGUUUUCGAAAUCCUGGAGUUUGCGAGAUGCAGCCCUGCAAAAGCUGGCAUUGCAGAUCACUCACACGGACAUUUUGAACAUGCAGGAUACCGAUCGCUUGCUGAGUGCCUAUGUCACCAUCCUUGUUCGCACGAUCCCGGACAAGAAUGUGCAGGUCUUUCACUCGAGCUCGCUGCUGCUCAAGGCGGUUUGCAGCGACCUGAUCGGCGGCGCGUCCUUUGGUCGACCCCGCCAGGUUUCCUUGGAGCCUCUCCUUGUUCCCCUGGCAGAGCGUCUCGGCGAUGGGAACGCUCGCGUGGAGAAGACAGCUCGGGAUGCCCACUGGGACAUUGCCAGAAGCGUCGGUGCAGCAUUCGCAGCUCAGCACCUGCUGCGAGCUCCGAAGAAAAAGACAGUGCCACCACGGGUGUUCUCCUCACGCCUGCAGCUCCUGGCUGCGCUGGUAUCUGAGUUCGGUGUCCAGCCGAAGAGCCGUGAUGGAAUUGCCUUAGAACCGGCCGCGCAACUUGCGAUGGAGUGGUUCAGCAAUCCGGCAGCUGAAGUGCGGGAGAGCGCCGUCAAAUUGAUGGCGGCCUGCUACAGCCACGUUGGCCUUAGCCGCAUCGAGAUGUACCUCGCCCACCUUCGACAGGCGCAGAGAGAAGUCUUCGAUGCCGAGUUUCAGCGAGUGUCGCAUGCUAAGGCUCCAGCCCCUCCGUCUCGUCCAGCUCCGAUGUGCACUCCCGUGGCCCUAACAAACGGCAAUCAUAGCGCCGAAGAUGCUUCUGAUGCAGAGGAGUCUGAUGCAGAGAGUAUGGAAGAGUUCUUCUGCCAGUUCUGCGGCCGAGAGGAUCCCAACUUCACUCUGGCUGCGCUGGACAUCCACUACUGGCGGGAGUGUCCCAUGUUGACUGCCUGCAAGCUGUGCGAGCAGGUGAUCGAGAUCUCGAGAAUGCACUGGCACUUAAUGGAGGAGUGUGAAGCUGGUGAAGCGGCUGUGGCGCAAGCUCGUCGCUUCAGUCCAGAGAGGUACUUCUGCAUCUUUCCUCAUGGUCAUACUGACCGUCUUAGGUGUUGGUUCCUGUUUGCGAAACCUCCCGGCAGAGGCUACAAGGAGUGGCCUGUCGUCGACUGGCCCCCGGAGCUGGCUGGCCAUCCUUGGGGGCCUUGUGUGCCGCUGGAGGAAGUGGAAGAGUACAAACAGGCCGAUGGCUCCAUCUGCCUACUUGUCCACGCAACUGGUUUGGAGGAGAAUCGGUGA